CUGUGCGCAAGGGGAAAAUAGGCUCUUACGCACUGUAAGGAUAUAUUAAUUUGAUUGGAAUAAUAGAAGUAUCGAAUAUAUAUAUAUAUAUAUUUACACAAUGCCGGAGGCGACUGAUAUGCAGUUGAUGGAGAUGGAUAUGGUACAAGGUAUGUACGAUACCUAUGAGUUACUUAGCACAGAUCCGCCAAGCUAUUCGAUCCUCUUGGCUGCCAGCGCAGAUGACCCUCCCGAGUUGAAAGUUACGGUGAUUUACCCUAGCGAAGAAUACCCCGAGUCUUCUCCAUGCAGCAUUACUGUUGAGAGCAUUUCGAAAAAACGACGUAUUCAGACGGCGAACCUCGUUAAGGAAAUCGAAGCUACGUGCAGUGAAAACAUCGGUGUCCAUGUGGUCGCGUUGGUGUUGCAGGAAAUACAAAGCUUCCUCACCAACAAUGCACAGGAGGCUGAGAAAGCCGAACUAAUCCGGCGCGGUGAAACAUUGAAUAGGAUUGCGACGCAGAGUAAUCCUGUCAAGCAUGAUCCCACGAUUACAGUUGGAACGGCUGUAACGAAGGAGCUUUUCGAAGAAUGGAGCCGUAAGCAUCGUGCGGAGAAGGAAAUGCUCUGCAGCUCAAAGGCGAAGGGGGAGCAUACUAAUAGUGGCGGCCCCAAGGGUGUUGCUAGUGGAGGGGCGUCAGCUAAACUUACAGGGCGACAGAUGUGGGAUUCAACAUUACGAAACACCGAUUGGCAACUCUUUGGAGAUGCUGAGGAUGGCGAUGAGGAUGUGGACUUUGAAGUUUUUGAUAACUUGAACGAAGAUGAUUUUGACUUUGAUGAAGAUGAGGGGUAAGACACCGGUCUCUAUGAGAGAUAGACCUCCUCAUUUCGACUGCUCAAGAGAAAAAGGAAGCUAGUGAGUGGGUAUUCCUGAAGUUUUGUAAGUUUAACGCGCAUUCCUUCUUGUUACAGCUAAGACUAAGAGUAAACAAGAUAU